CUCAUAAUCAAUUUCCGCGUACUUUUGUUAUCCUGCCCUCUUCCACCCCUACGCGUUCUAUUAUUAUUCUCCGAUUUUUUAUUACUGGCGGCCGCAGCUGUACAAGGAAAUAUUACCUGGCGAGACCGACACCUAUAGGAAGAGUAUAAUUCAGUCACUAGCUUCUGCUACUGCCACGAUGGGUGUGUCUGAAGAUGCGAUCCCUUCACCAGGGGAGUGGCCUGUGGACCCCCAGGAUGAUUUACCUAUCACGGAACAUCGUAUCUGGGUGGAUGGAUGCUUUGAUUUCAGCCAUCAUGGACAUGCAGGUGCUAUGCUUCAAGCCCGUAGACUGGGAAACGAACUUUACGUUGGUGUACACUCAGACGAAGCCAUUCUCGAGAACAAAGGGCCGACUGUAAUGACAUUGAAAGAGCGAGUAGCCGCAGUGGAGUCAUGUCGCUGGGCGACUCGCUGUGUACCUUUUGCCCCCUAUGUGACGUUUCUUCCAUGGGUAUCGCACUAUGGCUGCAAGUAUGUUGUGCAUGGUGACGAUAUUACAUCUGAUAGUAACGGAGAAGACUGCUACCGAUUUGUCAAAGCUGCUGGGCGCUUCCGAGUGGUCAAAAGGACGCCUGGUAUUUCUACAACAGACCUUGUGGGACGAAUGCUCCUGUGCACAAAGAAUCAUUUCGUCAAAAGCGCGCUGAGAACUCUCACUGGGGAGGAGGGGCCAGGAAGUUCGCAAGAACACAAGCAGUCUACCGAAAAUCUAACGCAAAUGAUUCGUGACUACGCCACUGAUGAGACUGGUCUGCAACCUGGCCUUGAAGUCUGGAUCUGGACGGGCUCAAACCCCGCAAAACUCGGGAAUACAGUAGAAGAACCCGGCUCUUUUCAGACUCUUGUAAACGGAAAGUUGCCGAAGCCAGGUCAACGGAUCGUCUAUGUCGAUGGUGGUUUUGAUCUCUUCUCUUCUGGGCAUAUUGAAUUUCUCCGACAAGUCCUAGCGCAGGAAAAGCUCGAAGGCUACGAACGUGGUUGGUAUGACCAAAAUCAAAAGGAAAAGAGGAUCAAAGAAAAUGGAGAAGACUAUGAACCUGCUUAUGUUGUUGCGGGAAUUCAUGAUGAUGGUGUUAUUAAUCACUGGAAAGGGCUUAAUUACCCCAUUAUGAACAUAUUUGAGCGUGGGUUAUGUGUUCUACAGUGCCGUUAUGUUCAUGCUGUUGUAUUUUGUGCACCUUUUUCUCCCAGCCGGUCGUAUCUGGAAACCAUGCCUUUAGGUGUUCCAGAUGCGGUUUAUCACGGUCCGACAACAUUCAUCCCCCUCACAUAUGAUCCUUAUAUGGCACCUAAAAGAAUGGGGAUUUUCAAAGAAACUAGUAGCCAUCCAUAUCAGCAUGUUAAUGCGGGCGAAAUUGUUGGUAGAAUAUUAAGAAGCAGGGAAGCCUACGAAGAGAGACAGCGUGCCAAGCUUCAGAAAGCAGCUGUUGAAGAGCUAGUUAAGUCUUCUGAAUCAUUAUCUGCCUAAAAACAAGCGCUGCGUGGCGGAGAACAUGUCAGAUUCAUCUAGCACGAACAGCUUUGGUGGAAAUAUCAAUCUAAGAUCUGCAGGGAGCCAUUGUAGUGAAAAUGAAAGAGAGCGAGCCAU